UCAGUCGGAGAGUUCCUCCUUAGGGACUCCCACGGUGAGUAAGAGCUCCCUUACUGACUCAACCCUGAUACUGUCUUCUUGAGCCAUUCCCAGAGGAGGAGAGGCUUCUGGCUCCCAGGCCUGGUGUUGGUGGGAGGGACAGGCAGGGGCGGGAACAGCCGGCUGCCUGCUGGGAGCCAAAACGAAAGUUGCUUAGGCUGGAACUGGGACAGAAAUCAGGGCUCCCAGGAGUAGGACACCAGAAGCUCUCCAGUGCUCGGACCCCAGAGGCUGGGGAGGGAUUCCAGCCUCCAUCGUCACCCACAGACACCGAGCUGGGUAGGGUCAAGGGUGGGGUGUCUGCCCCCCCUUGGGGGGGGCAGGAUAGGGCCUCAGGCCUGGUUGCUGCCUAGCACCUGGAAGAUGCCUGUGCCCUGGUUCUUGCUGUCCCUGGCACUGGGCCGAAGCCCCAUGGUCGUCUCUCUGGAGAGGCUUGUGGGGCUCCAGGACGCUGCCCGCUGCUCUCCGGGCCUCUCCUGCCACCUCUGGGAUGGUGAUGUGCUCUGCCUGCCUGGGAGCAUCGUGUCUGCCUCAGGCCCUGUGCUGGUGCCUACACGCCUGCGGACAGAGCUGGUGCUGAGGUGCUACCAGGAGACUGACUGUGACCUCUGUGUGCGUGUGGUUGUGCACUUGGCUGUGCAUGGGCACUGGGAAGAGCAUGAAGAUGAAGGAGAGUCUGCAGGAGCAGUUGGUCUGGAGCUUGAGGAGUUUAGGAACGCCUCUCUCCAGGCCCAAGUAGUGCUCUCCUUCCAGGCCUACCCCACUGCCCGCUGUGUCCUGCUAGAAGUGCAAGUCCCUGCUGUCUUGGUGCAGCCUGGUCAGUCUGUGGGCUCUGUAGUAUUUGACUGCUUCGAGGCUGCUCUUGGGGCUGAGGUGCGAAUCUGGUCCUACACUCAGCCUAGGUACCAGAAGGAACUGAACCUCACACAACAACUGCCUGACUGCAGGGGUCUUGAAGUCCGGGACACCAUCCAGAGCUGCUGGGCUCUGCCCUGGCUCAAUGUGUCUGCAGAUGGGGAUGAUGUGUGCCUGGUGCUGGAUGUGUCUGAAGAACAGCACUUCGGCCUUUUGCUGUACUGGAAUCAGGUUCAGGGUCCCAUCAAACCCCGGUGGCACAGAAACUUGACGGGGCCACAGACCAUUACCUUGAACCAUACAGACCUGGUUCCCUGCCUUUGUAUUCAGGUGUGGCCCCUGGAGCCUGACGCUGUCAGGACCAACUUCUGCCCCUUCAGGGAGGACCCUCGGGCGCACCAAAAUCUCUGGCACCAAGCCCGUCUGCGGCUGCUGUCCCCACAGAGCUGGCAGCUGGAUGCACCAUGUUCACUGCCUGCUGAAGUGGUGCUGUGUUGGCAGGCACUGGGCAGUGGUCCCUGCCAGCCGCUGGUCCCUCCGCUGCCCAGGGAGAAUGUCACUGUGAACAAGGCCCAGGAGUUCCCGUUGCUGAAAGUCCACCCCAACCUCUGUGUCCAG